AUGAACACUGAUGAUAAAACCUAGACCUAAGAAUUCCUAAUUGAUGAUUUCCUUUUGCCUUAUGACUCAAUUAACUACAAUGAAUAAUAACUUGAAAGCCCAAAAAAUCUAAAUUAUUUCGAAUAAGAUAAUACCCACAAGGGCUUUUAGCAGUCAAUCUUAGACCUAGAAAGAUUUCACUACUUUCCAGUAAAUAUUGAAAUUUUUACAGGCAACCACAAUACCUGCUAUCUAAUGUCGGCAUUUAAUGAUUAAAUGUCACAAUAAAAUCUAUCAAACAAUUAAGGUUUAAGUGAUCAAGGACUAUAGCAGUUAGCAUUUAAUGCUGACAAGAUUACAUAUCAGGAUUUGGAUUAAUCUGAUCUCGACGAUGAUGACAAUAAGCAUACUCAAGUUGAUUGCAUGUCUUACUCACCCCCAAAUGAAAUUCUGACUAAGAUUAAGGAGAAGCAAUAAAAAGUAAAAGGAUUAAGUACACAGGAAGCAAGAAAAAAAUUAACCAGACUUAGAAGAAUCUUUUUCAGAGGGUGA